UGUUGUGCAGGGUGCUUCAGGAAAAUUGGGUAUUGAGGUGCUUUUAUGGGCUACCUAGCUUUGUAUAACAAAAAAAGACCUGAGCCUCCAUUCUUGGCACCCUGUCCAGCUUGUUUCCAGUGCAGGUUAAACACCACUGGAGCCUGAUGCAGUUUGAGGUGUUCAUGUGAUCUGAAGGAGUAGUCGUGGAUGGGAUUAUGUUUGGUUGGUUUGCAGAUGAUGUGGUAAUGUUGGCAUCUUUAAACCAUGACCUUUUAGGAGUGGAGCAGUUUGUGGCCUGGAUGAGAGUCACUUACUAUAAGUCUGAAAGCCAAGUUUCUUACCCAGGAAAAUUAACUGCUACAUCCAGGUUGGAGGACAUGAAGUAUUUUAUCUUGUUCACAAGAGAAGGGGAGAUGGAUCAGGAAAUGCACUGAUUGGGGCCCUAUUGGUAAUGUGCUGCUCAAAUAGCAAAGAAAGAGAUUAACCUAAAAGAAAAAAGGUUCCAACCCUUAUAUAUGGUAACGAAACAUGGAUCAUAACAAAUAAAAUUAGAUACUGGAUGCAAUCAGGUCAAAUGAGCUUCCUCUGCAAGGUAGCUGGUCAAAUUCAUAGAGUUGGGUUGAGGAGCUGUGCCAUCUGAAGAAUAGUCACUGCUUCUUUGUACCAAAAGGAGUCAGUGGAAGCUGUUAGAACAUCUGAUCAGAAUGCCUCCUGAGAAUCUCCUUUCAGACGUUUCUGAGCAUGUUCCACUGAUGUUGAGGUAGAUCUAGAACCUGCCAUCAGGACCAUAGAUUCGAUGUAGCCAGAGGAUGCCUUGAGAUCCCUCAGUAUGAUUUUAUUUCUAAAUAAAUGUAUAAAUAAAUAUUUGUUUAUAUUUCUUAAUACAGAAGAUUGUAAAAUAGGUAGUUUGUUGUAGGUUGCUUCCACUUAUCUCUCUGCUGAAAAUCAGAUGCCGUGCCUCAACGAAGGACAUGAGACAGCUGUUUCUAUUAAUAACCUCAACACUCUUACCUAUCACAACACCCCCCCCCUCCAACCCACGCAUUGCUACUGCCGAGCCACAGCAACCCCCGUCCUGGAUAAAUCCCACACCAAAGAUCGCAUAUCCAAAAAGCAGCAGCUGCAGACAAAAAGAAACACUGAAAGCAAUCAGAGAAAUCUUGUUUCUUCUACUUUUUACCACCUAGAGAGCAUGAAGUCCCUGCGCUUCCUUGCAGCUGAGGGCUUCAUCCAGACUGGUUCAAUGGCUUUAGGGAACCUAAGCUGUGUGUCUUUUAACCUCUAUCCACUGCUCUUCAAGGCCUGCUACCUCCAUGAGCAGGCUGAGCUGCUGCAUGCUUUGGUCCAGACGUGGCCUCUACCUGAGCUCAACAUGCAGAGACUCCUGGGAAGAUCCUCUGACUGUGAGCAGGACCUCACCUCUUGCACCUGCCGGACUUGCCUACAAGCAGUUCUGACCGGCCUGAAGGACUACGUGCUAUCUCCUCCAAAAACGUAUGCGAAGAGUUUACAUGUGGUGGACCUGACUGCCCUCAAAGACAUUGAGCACCAAGCCUGUCUAUGCAAGUCCACCAUGGGUCGAUGGACUCGGACCCAGCUCCUGACCCAAAUGUGCUAUGAGACUAUGGUGGCCAUGCAGGCGAGUGAUGUGAACCCAUCUGCGUUUGAAACAUCUAUUGACAUCCUUCUGAAUGGAUUUGUGACAGGCCGAAACUAUGAGCAAGUUGCUCAGGCCUUCCUACUUCUCCGCUACUGUCCCCUGAAGGUUCGCUUUGUUACAUUUAGAGCCGACUCCCUCGCUCUCAAGCAGCUGUUCUACGUUCUUCGCUUGGCGGAGCCUGAGUCCAUAACAAAGCUGGAGGUUGUCCACAAUGUUCCCCUGGAGGCCACGCACCUGGAGGUGUUGCUCUCCAGGGUGGAGUUCCCCAAACUGCAGUCUCUGACGCUACCAGCUGGAGCGCUGGAUGUUAGAAAGCUGGGUGCUGAUGAUGAUGAUCUGCUGGCCACCAUUGGCAGUCUGCUGGCACAACUUGGCAACCUUACUGAGCUUUAUGUUGGGUUCUCAACUCUUACUGGACACGUUCGCAGACUGCUAUGUCCCCUCAAUACGCCACUGAAGUGUUUGGAGCUGGCCAACUGUUGCCUGAACCGCGUGGACAUGACCUACCUGGCUAACAGUCUGCACAGUGAGGCGCUGGUCCACCUAGACCUCAGUGGACAUGAUAUCUUCAGCUCUUUUUCCACCGCAUUCCACAAACUCCUGAGUCGCUGCUCUGCAACACUGACAACCCUCAUCCUCGAGGAAUGUGACAUUAAGGAUGAACACUUAACCACCUUGACCAACGCUCUGUCUCCCUGCCAGGGACUGGAGGAGUUAAAACUUCUGGGAAAUCCUCUCAGCGCAGUCUCUCUGAGGAGGUUGUUCUCCACGCUGUCGACAGGGUUUCCUCAGCUGAGGUACAUAGAGGUACCUGCACCCCGUGAAUGCUACGCCGAGGAUGUUGCUUAUCCUCUCGAAGAAGCAGUCUUGUUGAACUACAACAGAGACUUGUUUCAGCAGACCAGGGAUCAGCUUAUGGGCAUCUUAGAGCGAGCCGGCAGAGGAGGAGUGGAGGUGUGUACUCCCCUCAUGGGCACCUAUGAUCCAGACAUUACCGAAACCAGCAAUGAACUGGGGGUGUCGAUGCUAAAAUCUUUCAACAGUGUGAUUGGAAAUUUUAUAGGUACAAUAACAGAUGUGGACACCGGGAGAUCACAGGCCCAGAGAGGUAAUGAGAACUCCUGAUGAGCAACCAAUGGACACGGAGGACCUUUGCCAGAGGUGUUGGAGAAAUCUAAUUGAAGCACAUCUUUAAAAGUGGUUAUUAAUCCUGUACAUGGAUCCUUGUUUGAGACCCUAAAGUAAAAAUUAAUCUUGCCUGCAUUUAAGUUACCUUCUAGUUUUCAUGUUAGCUUCAGUGUCUUGAAAAGUAUUCAUCUCCUUAACGUUCUCACAUCGUCAUGUUAAAACUGCAUAUCUCAAUGUUUUACUGGGAUUCUGUAUAACAGACCAGCACAAACUACAGCAUAGUUUUCAAGAGAAAGAAUUUUAUACCUUGUUUUAAAAAUGUUUUAACAAAAGGUCAUUUGUUUUCAGCCCCUUUUACUCUGAUACCCCUAAUAAAUGUAACCAAUAUCACUCAGAAGUCACCUAA